AUGGCUUCACACAUUGUCCUAACCAUGCAGUCGCCUCAAACUGCUAAUGAGACACUUUCUGAACAGCCAGUGCUCGGUGCUCUAAAUACGCCCGCAAUAUCCUCUACGUCGCCAAUGCCUACCCGUGGCACGAGCGUCAAGCUGUCCGUGCCGCUUGAUACGAAGCCUACCACUACCACAACCCGCAAGAUCCUUCGCCGUGAUAGUCUGGAUCGGCGUGAGGCUUUGCUCAAGGGCAAGGAAGGCUCUCGUCAACGGCGACGAUGGGAAAAUGAUCGGCUGCUCAACAACCCUCAUGCGGAGCCUCCACUUCCUCAAGAUUGGGAGAUCCGUCCCACCUACCCGGUCCGCCGAGUGCCAUACUUCCUAGCGCCCCUGUGGGAUGCUGCUGAGUUUCAGCGGGCUAUUGAGUCGCAUCAGAAGGGUAGACGCAAUACAAGAUCGUCAAAGCGGAAGCAAAAUGCUGGAAUACCUGGCAUGUCUCCCUUCGAGGAGGAUGCAAUCCUCAUCUCACGGGAUGUGCGACAGCGCCUGAAGCAUGCAAGAUCCGCCAAAGGUUUGCUAAUGGAUCUGGAAGAGGACGUGCGUUCUUUUCUGGUCAAGUGGAACGAGCGAGAAAUCAGACUCAGAGAAGAAGGUUUACAUGAUGCUCCAUUGUCCCAUACUCUACCUGUCCGCACCAAACCAAAGCCAGUCGGCAACGACAGCUCUGCUCUGGUCACAGAUAACGAGGAGGAAGUCGAGGAUGAAGAGAUUGUUUUCGUUGGACGUGCGGGCGCUAUCACGUCUGAUUCACCCACGCGAAAGAGAAGAGAGGAAGAAGAAAACCUGCUGUCUGAAAAGCUGGUUUGUGAGGGUUUAGAAAGUGAUAAGGGGGCUGCCUUUGGUCGCUGGUUGGCACAUUGCAUAGGACGCUAUUAUGGGUUACGGACUUGGAGUGUGACCACUUCGACCAACGUUGCUGAAAGCUUUGAAGACCUAGGUCCACAGUCGAACGUUGAUACCCUGAUGGGGGAAAGAGUCAGACAGGCUUAUGUGGGCGUUGACUCAAGAGUGAGAGCUUGGAUGGGCCAAGGCUGGGAAACUGGCCGACAAUUUGAAUUGCCCAGGCCGUUGUGGACUACUGUCUAA